UCUCUCGCCUCAUCAAACGAACGGGAGUGCGAGCGAGUAAAGAUCGAGUUUUGCUCCUUUUGCUUUGCUUGAUCGAAUUGUUGGGAUUCGAUCGGUCAUCGGUGAUUCUUGCAGCCGUUUUGUGCUUCUCGUGGAGAAGGGGGGGGGGAAUAAACAAAUGGCUGCGGUGGCGGAGAAGGCGAUCGGGUCCGAGGAUCAGUUCAUGCGCCACCAGAUGCCGCCGCCGGCAGACGGGGCGGAGGCGGAGUACCAGAGCGAGGUGCGGGAGCUGGUGGAUUUGCUCUCCAAAUUGAACCCAGCCGCCAAGGAGUUCGUCCCUUCUUCUAACCCUGCCCCCGCCGCCCGGCUGUCGGCAGUGACGCCCUUUUUUAUGGCCUCGGGUGGUUUCUAUAGUAAUGGUCUGCUUUGCAAUCUUGAUGGUGGUAUGGAUUCGAUCAGCGAUGGGUCAUCGAAUAAUCAGCCGAAUCGCAGAAGAAGAUAUGGUCAUAACCAGGGGCUAAGGAGGAUGAACGAUAGACUUUGGAAAGCUGAGAGGGAAGAAAGCGUUAAGCGAACUGUAUAUAUUUCUGAUGUUGAUCGUCAUGUGACUGAAGAGAAGCUUGCUGAAAUAUUUGCUACAUGUGGACAAGUGGUGGAUUGCCGAAUUUGCGGUGACCCUCACUCGGUGAUGCGAUUUGCCUUUAUAGAGUUCUCGGAUGAGGAUGGUGCAAGGACAGCUCUAAAUCUUGGUGGAACUAUGCUUGGUUAUUAUCCAGUCAAAGUCUUACCUUCAAAGACUGCAAUUAUGCCCGUGAACCCAAAACUUCUUCCUAGGUCCGAAGAUGAAAAGGAAAUGGUCAUAAGAACAGUUUACUGUACAAACAUCGAUAAAAAGGUUACUCAGCCACAAGUCAAAGCUUUCUUUGAACAAUCCUGUGGUGAGGUUUCUCGUCUGAGGCUUCUUGGUGACAACAUACACUCGACACGUAUUGCAUUCGUCGAGUUUGCCCAGGCAGAAAGCGCGAUCUCAGCUCUCAACUGUAGCGGCGUGGCUUUGGGAGGUCUCCCGAUCAGGGUGAGUCCGUCGAAGACGCCGGUGAGGCCGCGAUCAACCUGACGUGGAGAAGUCGGUGUGGUGAUGACCGAGAGAGAGAGAGAGAGAGAGAGAGAGAGCUCACAAUUCCAAGGGCUGAUCUGCCGUUCUGGACUUCUGGUCUGAGGCAACCGGGGCAUGAUCCUCUUCUUCUUUGUGCCUGUUGGCUGGAAGAAACCCAAGAAACUUGGAAGUUCUUUAGCUAAUCGUAUCUGUUUGGAUCGGUAGGAGGUUGGCUGCCUGCCCGUGUUAUGGUUUGCUGCAUGUUGAAUGUGUUAGAGCUUUUAUUACAAAAAAACUAACCUCAAAAUUAUCCUCUUUUUUUCUUUUUCUGAA